UUUUCCGGGAAAUUCAAUAAGUAUAUGCAAACCGAGGGAGUGUGUUAAACAGUUAAAGCUAGAUUCCCUAUAAUACAAGGGUUCCUGCUAUAACACGCACUAUAUGAGGUAGUCCUGGAUCAAAUCAAUACAAAUCAUCUUCAAAUUACACCAAAAAAAAGAGACGACCGUUUUCGUGGAUAACGUUAUCAUCGGGGAAACGCUAAAGAACACAGCAGAUGCCCGAAUGUUCAAAAGCAGCAAGCGAAGCACAUUGUAAAAUGCUGAACAUUUUCAUCUUAGUCUUAUUAAAGAUAAGCUAUAGUGGUUUGAUAGCAGUAACACCUCCCAAAGUCGGGAAUACUACCAUUGAUAAUUCUUAUGGCUUGCCGGAGCUUAACCUAUCACAGAAUGUCCCACUUGACAUCAACAUCUCAGUACUGUCAAUGGGACCACAAACGAAACUCGUGUUAUGCCAGGCACUAUGUGAGCACCAUGUGGGCUCGUUGAAGUUGAAAUGCAGGAACAGGUACCAGAUGCAUGUACAUCACUUCCAUUCAUCUUCACAUCCAGUCAAGGCAAACUCUGUGAUGAUUACUGACAGGCUGUUAGUUACAAUUGAUGAGGAUACAAGUAACCAGGAGACAAUUUGCUACUGUCACACAGAUGAUAAAAGGAGCAGGAACGUAAUAUCAAUCAGAUUCUCGCGAAAUGGAAUCAAACAUGGUCCAUCUAAGCCACUGUCACAUCGAACUGUCACCUUUCACGGCAGCCGUCUACCAGCACCACUUCAAUGGACAUUUCCAAUAAGUGCCAGAAAUCCUAUGUGUUUCCAUGACAACACCCCUGUUAAAACUGAAGCAUCUAUCACAAAUGGCACAGUUGAGGUGACAUUACCCCUUAAAACGUCUCGGUCUGCAGGGGUGUAUUCGUGCAGUGCAGAUGUCCCAGGGCUUGGAAGACAAUGGGGGAAACUAAUUGAGCUUAUAAUAUCAGGCUGGUCCGCAUGGUAUGUAUCGUCUCCGUGUAGCGCAAAGUGCGGACCUGGGUUCCUCGUCAGGCGUCGCUCAUGUCUAAGCAAAGAUCGCACAACAUGCAAAGGUCCAACAUUUAAAACUGAGAGUUGUUCCAGAUACUGUGAAGAAUCUGCUCCGGUAUUCAUCCAACAGCCGCACGUUACUUACCUCAACAACAAUACAGUUCAAAUGAACUGCACUGCUAUCCAUACCCAAGAGUUCCAGUUGCGUCCUCGCUGCGACGUGAUAAACGGUGCGAUGCUACGAGAUAAAGCCCACGUAACCUUAGUUAUCGAUACACACAAGGACGGCAGCAAGACGCUAGUUCUCACUUUACACCCACCCGAGAAAGUUUGGCAGGGCCUGGAGUUGGCUUGUUGUUGCGAAGUAGUGGCCUGGGGCUUUACGACCAGAAGCGAGAAACUCGAUGUCCAACUAGCGAGAGGACACAGCACACGUCAAACCCUUUUAGCGGCGUCGCAUCCAACAGACCCGCAGCACAUUGUGGAAUCAACUCAACGUCCUGGAACACCAAGUUCAAGGUCGCAAUCAUCAUUGAUGCCCAUCCUAAUCUUCCUUAUUAUAGUUAUAGUUUUGAGCUUUUUCAUCACAAUCUACAUAUUGGUAACAAAAUCGUACUGGAUGCGUUCCGUACGCCACGACACUACCACGAUAACGACAAGCACAUCAAGAACAACGACACCCUCUAUGUACAGCGACCCUGCUAUAAGCCUCCAUGGGUCAAGCUGUAAUCCGAGCAGAGAGGAAUAUUCCAGACCUCAGAAUCCCAUGACAUUCAGCAUUACCCCGCCAGAAGUAAGAGUUUUCACCCGACAACUUUCCCAAGAAAAACUUAGCAACUCACCCAGAAGCACCACUAAGUUGUGCAUGAUGGCUAAUGAAGACAUUGAUGAAGUUGGUACCACCUUUGAUCUCAAUGAAGAAAGCGAUUUGUCACGGCGAGGUUCAAGCAAGAGCAACACAUCCACGCUAUCGGCCCUGUCAAGUGUCUCAAAGCAGCAAUGCCCACGUCCCUCCCUUCCUGAAAGAGCCGAUGAAAGGUUGUGUGCUUGGGGAAGGAUCGACCACAACGGCGGUCAGCUGGUCAUUCCAAACACGGGCAUCAGCCUGUAUGUGCCACCCUCAGCCCUACCUCAAGGUCAAGAAGAGGUCAUAUACAUCGCAAUGAUGAAAAGAAGUGCUAAGUACCCGCAACUGAGGCCUGGGCAAGCUCUGUUGAGUCCUGCCGUAGUCUGUGGCCCGGAAGGGUUACAGUUCAAUGAGCCGGUGUUCCUCAAAUUGCCCCACAACGCUGCACUCAAAAAUGGGGAAAUACCACAUCUUGAAGGUAAGACUAGAUCUAGUGAGUCAACAGAUGCGACAACUUGGAGAACUUUGGAAAGCCUCGACGGUGAUCCUGAAAGCAGACCCAUCAGUUACUUGGACGUGAACUCCGUAGAGAUGAUGUUGACGCAUUUCUCGGACCAAACUGUCGUCGGUGAGCCUGAAUGUCUUAAAAUCAAAGUCGUGCCGUUUCUGCAUUGUGAUGGAGCUCAGUGUGACUGCCGUGUGCAAGUUUAUCUCAUACCACGAACGAAAGCAGCACUCGAGGAAGCUAUCUUAGAUGCCUCACGUGUUGGCUUGAUCCAAGCCGACACAGGCAAACUGUUUUCCCUAAGGAAUACAUCACGUGACGUGCGCGUGGAAGCAUGUCUACAUGAGGUGGAUACUAAAUGGAAACCUGUUACACCAGUACAACAGGCGUUGCCUUUUUCACAAGUAUGGAGCAGUGUUGAAGAUAUGCCAAACGUAACCUUUGGUUUCGCCCCAAUCCCCGACCAACCAAACCUCACUACCUUCAGGUGCAACUUCGAAAUUCAGCAAUAUGGAGAAACCGACUUAGCAAGGAUUUUUGUCACAUAUUGCAUAAAGGAUCACGAAGAGGAAGGUGCCGUGGGCUCAUCUGCGUCAACUCCAACGUCAUCCCCGCAGCGAAAGCUAGAGCGUUGGGAUAGCAGUUCGACGUCGGGUAUUUGCUCCGAGAUGCAAGGCCCCAAUGAGAACAAGAUCCCGCGCGAUAUCAGAAAAAAGCUCUGCAUCAAGUUGGAACCAGCAGAAAAUCUUAUGAUCGGUAGCUGGAAAGAUCUUGCCGGUAAGAUGCCGGGCAUCACAACCGAUUACAUACGCUUUUUGGAAGGACGCAAGGUUGGGGAGGGUCCGGUCGGCAAUUUAAUUGAUUAUUGGGAGAAAGACCUUAGUGAGAAAAUACCACUUCAUCAGCUAGCACAGCUUAUGGAGGAUAUUGGGAGACGAGACGCGGCGGAAUUAGUAGAGAGUAUCUUCAGUACAGCUGUGUGAUGGAAACACAGGGUAAUCAUCAGCAUCCAUAGCAUAAUCGUGCGAUUAUAACACAGGGUGACCAUCCCAUCAAUAGAGCACAGUAGUGAAAUGAUGAAGGUUGGCACAUCGAUAGCAUAGUCGUUGGUUGAUUAGACAUGACCAGGACUAUUCCAUAUACAAGACAGCUAUGUGAUAUCACAGGGUGACCAUCAACAAUAUAGCAUAGUUAUGUGAUGAUAGCACAGGGUGACCAUCCAUUCAUAGCGCAAAGUCACACAGGGUCACAGGUCAACACAGGGUGACCAUCAACAAUAUAGCAUAGUUAUGUGAUGAUAACACAGGGUGACCAUCCAUUCAUAGCGCAAAGUCGUUAGGCCUACUCCGGGUCCUAAGAUCGUCCAAGAUCGCUCAAGAUUGCCUAAGAUUUUCCAUUAUUCACUGAAUUAUUUGGGGUACUUAGCCCAAGAUUGACCAAAAUAACUGGAGAAUGCCUAAGAUCACCAUUAUUCAAUCAUCAUCUUUUAAGGAUAUUGAUUUACUUCACAGGUAUAACCAUAAAAAAAACAUAUUACUUAUUUUUUAUUUUUUAGUUUUUAAGCUGAACUGUAUGUUGGAAAAAGUUGAACAAUAAAACAAGAGGACUGAUUGUA